UGCUCCACGGUAGCUGCUCCGCUCCUCUCCUCUCAACAGCAUCAAGACUGGAGCCGAGCAGGGCAGGGGUGGGGGGACAGAGAGACAGACAGACAGACAGACAGCAGCAGGAUGGACUCUGUGCUGUGUGAUGUGGAGUAAAUGGGAUUAAACCGCUCAGACAGCGCUUGGAAACACUAGCUGCAGUAGUAGUAGUAGUAGUAGUAGUAGUGGCGAGUAGGGGGGAGCUCCGAGCCGAGUUGUGCCGCAUGUGCUCGCCUGUGUGGAAAACUAGCCCCGGCCCGACAGAAAAACAAGCUAAAGAAGAAGAAAACUAACGUGAGCUGCAGCCGCCAACAAACCCUGCUUCAGGUUCAACCACCGGGACUCGCAGGAGCAGCUGCACAACGCGACCCCUGCCUCCCCUCUCACAUGCCUGCGUUGAUGUGGGAGAGAGGGAGGGGAGCGGAGCCGGGGGAUGUUUGAAUUACCUCUCUAAACUUGCAGAUAUAUAACAAUAGAACAUAAAAUAGUUUGUUUGUUGAGGAUAAAGGUGAUGUCGGUUGUUAUGGAGAGCCUAGCGGUCGACGUCCAGAGCUAUGAGGACGUGCGGAAGAGCGGCUAUCUCCGCAAGCAGAAGUCCAUGCACCGGCGGUACUUCGUGCUCCGCGCCGCCUCGGAGCGCGGCCCGGCCCGCCUGGAGUACUACGAGAGCGAGAAGAAAUUCCGCGGUAAGGCCCCCGUCCCGAAGAAAGCGGUGGCACUGGAGACGUGCUUCAACAUAAACAAGCGGGCCGACUCCAAGAACAAGCACAUGAUAGUGCUGUACACCCGGGCCGAGAGUUUCGCCAUCGCGGCGGAGAACGAAGCGGACCAGGACGAGUGGUACCAGGCCAUGGUGGGACUGCAGUGCAAAAGUAAGAACCCCACUGACAUCGAGGAGGGUGGGGACUAUGGAGUGCCCAAUCCUGGGCCUGCAUUCAAAGAGGUGUGGCAGGUGAAGGUGUGGCCAAAAGGCCUGGGUCAAGCCAAGAACUUGGUGGGCAUCUACCGCCUUUGCCUGACUGAUAAGACGGUCAACUUUGUCAAGCUCAACUCUGAUGCUGCCGCCGUGGUGCUGCAGCUGAUGAACGUGCGGCGCUGCGGCCAUUCAGAAAACUUCUUUUUUGUGGAGGUGGGGCGCUCUGCCGUGACAGGCCCGGGCGAGUUCUGGAUGCAGGUGGAUGAUUCGGUUGUGGCCCAGAACAUGCAUGAAACCUUGCUAGAGGCUAUGAAGGCACUGAGCGAGGAGUUCCGCCAACGCAGCAAGUCUCAGUCAAACUCCGGCCCUGGAGGAGGUGCUACUGCUUCUAACCCCAUCAGUGUUCCCUCCCGCCGCCAUCACCCGAACCCUCCUCCCAGCCAGGUUGGCUUCACCCGCCGGCCACGAACUGAGCCUUCUGGAGGAGCUAACAGUGUAGCAGGGGUCAGCAGUGCCAAUGCCUCUCCCACCCCACGGCAUAGCUUCCCGAGGUCUCGCACUGCUAGUGAUGGGGGGAAAGGUGAGGAUGGGAUGACAGGAACCAUACCGCUCCCAGGGCCAUGCUCUAGCCCCUCCACAAAUGGCUCUUGCGCCACUACCCCAAUCCUCAGGUCAAAGUCAGCCCGUUCAGCCCCCACCACAGCUGCUAAAACUCCUCUUGGGUUGAUGCGUUCCAUCUCCACCCCAGCGCCCUCCCCAGCUCCAAGCCUCUCCUCUAGCUCUGGGCAUGGCUCUGAGUUUGGAGGCGUAACAUCUGCUGGUGCUGGUCCUGGUGCCUACAGUCGUGUCCCCUCCCAUCACGCCUCUGUCUCGGGCUCACCCAGUGACUAUGGCUCCUCAGACGAGUAUGGCUCUAGUCCUGGGGAUCCCACGCUCCUCCCCUCCCCGAGCCUUCCCGGAAGCUCUGUUGGUAGCACCGGCAGCCAGUCCCUUGGUGAAGAGGGAGCCAACUAUAUCCUAAUGGGGCAACGUAGUGGUGGCAGUGGUAAUGGCAGUAACCAAGGGAGCUUCACAUCCAGCUCCCUUCCAGCACCUGGAACACCUGCCUGUGGCUCCCAGCCCCAGACCAGGAGAGUGCUGCGCCGCUCCUCCAGCCGUGAAUGUGAAGCUGAACGUAGGGUGCUGAGCAAGCGGGCUUCAUUACCUCCCAUGGCCCUGGAGAGGCUGGCACCUCGUCAGCGCAGAGCUGAGGAGCCAGCAGAUGAAGAUUCGGCCGAUUAUGCCAUCAUGUCCAGGAGCACCAGCCGCGAGUCCUUUGCUUCCACCUCCUCUUCAAUACCAAGGGAAUCUGUCAUUGGUGCUGGGUCAGCAGGGGGGGGGGGAGGUUACUUGGAUGUAACGGGUGAGUUUAAAAGUGAAGUGGGUGGAGCAGCCAGUGGUAGUUUAGAUAUAGGUGUGGACAAUGGGUACAUGUCCAUGCUGCCUGGCGUCACUCAGCCUCCAGUAUCCCUGUCGCAAUCAUUAGCUGUCUCUGUCCCGGACUCAGAUUCUAAACCUGCUGAUGACUACAUGGCUAUGACCCCAAACAACAGUGUGUCCCCACCACAGCAGAUCCGGCCUCCACCAGCUUCUGAUGGCUAUAUGAUAAUGUCCCCCAAUAGCAGCUGCUCCCCUGACCAGCGUGGAGGUCUCUCUGGAGGAGCUUGGGUGGGCAGUGGUAGUGCAGACAGCAGGGCAGGUAGUGACUAUAUGAAUAUGUCUCCAAUCAGUGCACGUUCUGCAAAUGGCAGCCCCCCACCACCUGAGCACACUUGUCAUUUGGAGACCAGUUCUCAACAGCAAGCACCUAAAAUGGUGUAUUCCUACUAUUCCCUUCCCCGCUCAUACAAACAUAAUCCCUCUGCUGGACACUUUGACGAUGGGCCCGGACGAGGCAGAAGGCCCAAUGGGAGUUGUAGUAGGGGAAUGGGUGGAGGUAGGACUAUGGGAACGUGUCAGGAGCAAAUGGCAUCAGGCAAUUCAGUGGUUGGACGCCACCUGUCACUUUCCUCUUCCUCAUACUCCUCCAGCUCAGCCAGCAGCGAGAGCCUCGGGGAGAGUGAGGACCGAGCUACCCAUGCAGUGAGCAUGGCUGGGGGACCUCAGUCCCUUGAUGGUAGUAAGCUCCAACAGAGACGGGGCUCUGGUGGAUUGGCUAAGCAGGGUAGCCAUAGUAGGAACAGACCAGUGAGCCUGUUUGUUGAUGUAUCUAAGGCAAACACCCUUCCCAGGGUUCGUGAGAACCCCCUGCCCCCAGAACCUAAGAGCCCUGGGGAGUAUGUAAGCAUUGAGUUUAAGGGGGAGAAGAGCAGCCAGACUGGGGUUGGAGGAGGGCGCGGCAGGGGUCUCAGGCAUGGCUUUUCACUGCCUCAUGGCUCAACCAGCAAGCAUCCUCAACACAGGCCAACUUCUUGCUUAGGGAAUUUUAUCCCCCUCUCUCGUAGCCCCUCGGCCCCCAUUACUCCCCCAUCUGCCUCCGAGUAUGUCAACAUGGACUUGGGGCCUUCUCCGUGUCCCUCACCACUCCUCCUUGCUCCACUAGUUUUCCCCCCUUUCCACACACCUCCUACGCCACCAACUCUCGCUCAUAUCCCCAAAGCCUGUGAUGAGGGUACUACUGGCCCUCGUGAAGAGGGGGCAGAAGUGGCUGAAGCCCCACUUAGGAAAAGCAAGGAAAGUGUCCCAUCAGUGUCUGAGUUCCCAACAUCCUGUGGAGACUACACAGUGAUGGCCUUCAGCUUAAAUAGCAACACCGUCCCUAGGUCAUCAUCCAGUAUCUCCCCAAAAUCCCCUUCCCCCACCAGAACUGAUCCAUCAGUUCCAGUGCUAUCACGGGGUCUAGACUUCCCCCUAGCCAAAGCCGGACCGAACCCAGACCACGGGGCUAAAGUUAUCAGGGCCGACCCCCAAGGACGCAGACGACACUGCUCAGAAACCUUCCUUGCCUCGCCUUCCCUCCCCACCUCUACCUCUACUUCCUCUUCCUCCACUGCCUCCCUCUUUCCAGAACAUGCUCAAGCUGUGGCCCGCCGGCUGGGCUUUGAAAGCAUGCUGUGGGGAAAUGGUGCUGUGACUGAUAACCCCACUCAGUUCGCCCUCCCUGGACAGCAGUCCCUUCCCACAAACACUCAGACUUCGUCCACAGAGCAAGGCCUUAACUACAUAGACUUGGACUUGGCCAACAAAGAGGGCCCCCAUUUGGGUCUGGAUGGACCCUCAGGUACCCAGGCCCCCUCCCGCCUCUUCUCUGUACUGGGUGGAGGUUCUGGGGUCGGGGGAGUGGGUGCAGCCGUUGGCAGCAGCAACAGCAGCAGCAGCAGCAGCUCAACACUCAACACUUACGCCAGCAUUGACUUCUACAAAUCAGAGGAGCUGCGGACGCAUCAAAAUGGAAACAAGGAGGGAACAGAGUGUUGAUGUCAGUGUGUCGUCCCUUGGGAAUCAAUCUGGUGCCACUCGGAGAGCUUCACUUCGCCUGUUUCUUUUGUGACGACCAAUCACGAUGAGAGAGCAGCUGGAUCGGACACACCCCUGAAGCACUUUGACAAACUGUUGGGGUUUCUCCCCCCCCCCCCCCGGCUUUUCUUCUUGUUGGUUUUGAAAACCAACAGGGAUGUGUGCCAAAUGACAUUUUUGAAAAGCUAUUUGCUGCUCUCAUUCCUUGAGUGAAAGCCAAUCAGAGAAGGGUACAAAAAAAAAUUGUUUGGAUUUUUAUUUUUUUCAAGAGACAAAUUCUAAUCACGAAGAGUAUGAUGGUGGCAAGUGUAUGAAAAAGAAAAUUAAUAGAAUUAUAUAUCUGCUCAAAAAGUGCCUCAUUUUCAGAUUGUAGCCAUUUUACAAAGAACUUAAACUAAGCUUUGACGAACUGAAGCUUUGGGUUUUUUGGUGGGGGGUUUUUGUGCUUGAUUUGAUGUAGUUUCAAACAAAGUGCAGCAGAAGAUAUAGAUAAAAGAGGGGUAGCACUGGUGUGAGCUUUUGCUGCGUUCAUGUCAUACGGGAUGAUUUAGGCGUUUACAACUUGCAGGCAAUGCAAGAACAUUAUAUCCUUCUCCGUACUUCUAAUGUACUUCUCCGUCAUUGAGCUCCAAGUCGGACAGAGAGUUCAUAAGUAUGACUUGUUCAUGAUGACAUGAACAAUAUUUACGAGUUGUAUACUGGAAAUCACAAUAAAUCCGGUAUGACACGAAUGCAGCAUUUUCGCUAACAUUGAUAAUGGUAACGGUACUAGCCGAUCUGCUGGCCUUCCUGUCUACUGUGAGAGAUAUUAGCAUAGCCUGUGUUAGCAUUCAGCUCAGUAUAACUUGCACUGCUUUUAUUUCUGUCUCUUUCUCUUUCUGUUAACUGUUUUAACAAAGCCAUAAACCUAAAGUAUUAAACACACAGGCUUGAAAAGGCACGUGUAACAGUGCUAGUGCUAGUUAGCUAAAGCCAUCUAAGUCAGAUUACUAUAUUAGCAACGUCCCAGGACGUAAAUUCAGCGUCCUGCUGACCACAGCUCAGGGUUGAGACCCCUGAUACAGAGCCAAGCAAUCCCAUUAAUGCUAUUAGCUCCAGACACUUGUGUCUCAUUUAAUCCACUUCGUCUCAGGAUGUUAAAUAACAUUAGGUACGUACAGCCGAGGUUAGAGACCCUAUCAAUAGCCUUGCUAAUGCUAGCUUUGUAGCGGUCAACACACUGCUUUUAGCGCCGGGAAAAGGGGGUCAGUUCUUAUUUCAAUUCCAUCUGUACAAAAUAAUAAAUGAAACUGCUAAUUUGUUCUCAGUUAUUUUAUACAUUAAGGUACCAAACAUGCUAAGAUUUUACACUUUUAAAUUUUUUAACUGGUUGAAUUGAAAGUGCUUUGACCCUAAAUCCUUCUUUUAAACCGUUUCUAUCUCCCUUCCUCCCUCCUUUCUGUCUUUUGCUUAGCGCUUACUUUAAUCUCCGCUAUGCAUCAGCACUUAAGUGCCUGUCUGUCCUUUUUAUCUGUCUGUGUCUCUGCCCCGUCUUAGUAGCUAGCACUAGCAGGGCUGUCCUAGCAGAAUAUAUUAAGUCUAUUUUUAUGUGUCUAUUUUUGUCACUUUUGGCUGUACAGUUCUCAUGAAAAUAACUUGUUUAUGUUUGUUCGGUGUGACAAUGAUCUAUCAGAUGACUUGACUGACGCCCAUGGCCCUAAUCAGAGAAGUUUUGAACUCUCUCGUUGCCGGUAAUGGAGGAGUCAUUUGUCCCCAGGGCCGUCAGUGCCAAAACACAACAACAACAAAAACGACAACAAAAAAAGACUACGCUCCAACAGCACCUCAAGAAGCAACCUUCAGCUCAAGUCUGGGCGUAUUGCUCUGUUUUGUUUUAAAAAUGUAACCUUUUGUGUUCCCUCGUUGUUUUCUUUUGCGGCGGGGGGGAAAGAACUGACAUAUCUGGCCUCGCAGUCUGCUUAUGUGACACUUGGAGAUAAAGGUCAUUGUGAGGACUCGCGUACGCUUUAACCUUGAAUUUGCCUAUGACUUUGACCCGAGGAUUAAAAAUGAAAUGCAUGAGGCCACUACAGAAAAAAAAAACAAAAUGUCUAAAUACAUGUGCAUCUAUGUAGCUUCAAAUUGUACUCAUGUGUUUGUCCGCCUGUCCGUGGAAGUUCAUGAACUCCCUCACUGUGUUCUCGUGUCUAUCUGGAGCCUAGAGCAUAACAACAGCUUUAACAUGAGCAGGUUGGAAACUAGCAGCGGUUGAUGAUGCAGAAGUGUGGUGGGGGGGGGGGGGGGGAACUAUUGAACUUCCAACCAGAUUCAAGUCUUUCAUGCAGACUUGCAGGCAAACACGUGGUCAUUUGAAAUGUUUCUAAUGUCUUAUGGAGAUGUUCUCGUAUUGAAACUCAGCAGUUUUCAGCCAAAUGCUUGAAGGUACUUGUAGUUUAGAAAGAGAGCGCACAAACAGGCUUUCAAUCAUGACAAGCGGACAAUAUCAUCCUGCCAUUCAGCUCUGAGCAUCUCAUGAACCUUUGAAUGAACGUUUUUUACUUUGUCAAACUGCCUGCACUCUGGAAAUCCUUUUCUUUGACUGCCUGUGGCCAACAGAGCCACACAUCAUGACUAAAGUUCCUUUGGGAGAGCUCAGACGAACGGGGUUUAAGUGGCUGUAUGAAUUCAUUCAUUGCGUUGUUAGCGAGAUGUUCAUAAAAAGUGCAGGAACGUGCUGCUGCUGCUGUUCUAAAUUGUUCUAUCUCUUCCUCCUGUUCCCCUGAGGGAUGGUACUGAAUGGGAAUUGUGAGAUUUGCCAUUGAUGUAGACAGUUUUACUUCUGUUGCUUUAGAAAAAAAAAAAAAAAAAAAGUCAAACAACAAAA